AUUAGGUAGGCUUGGGGAAGGCGGAGUUUGGGGGGCUGGGGGCGGGGCUCUUGAGCUGGGAGGAAGAGGGGGGGCGCGCUGGCUCCAGCUCGGCUCAGACAAAAGGCGGCGGCGGGAGCGGGCGGGAGGCGGAGCGGCGCCGCGAGGGCCUCAAGGUGACACCCGCCCCCGGCCCCGGCCCCCCCGGCCCGGCCCCCCAGCCCGCCUCCCCACCCCCAGCCCCUAGCCCCCUACCCCCGGUGCCCUUUCCAGGCCCCCUCCCCCCUGGCGGGGGGUGGGGAGCAGCGAGGGCCCCGCCCCUUCCCGCCCCCUCCCCAGGGCCCGCGCAGGAUGCCCUCGGCCCCCGGCAGCCCCCCGGGUAGCCCUGAGCUCGACGCACCCCCUCUACGCCAUGUCCCCCCCUGGCUCGGCCGCGGGAGAGAGCGCCGGCGGCGGCGGCGGAGGUGGCGGCCCCGGGGUCCCGGAGGAGCCCACGGCAGCGGCGGCGGCGGCGGCGGCGGCGGACGAGGGCCCCGCCCGAGAGGAGCAGCGUCCCAUCCAGCCCUCUUUCACCAAGUCCCUCUGCCGUGAGUCCCACUGGAAGUGCCUGCUGCUCUCGCUGCUCAUGUACGGCUGUCUGGGGGCCGUGGCCUGGUGCCACGUGACCACGGUGACCCGCCUCACCUUCAGCAGCACCUACCAGGGCAACAGCCUCAUGUACCACGACAGCCCCUGCUCCAACGGCUAUGUCUACAUCCCCCUGGCCUUCCUGCUCAUGCUGUACGCCGUCUACCUGGUGGAGUGUUGGCAUUGCCAAGCCCGCCAUGAGCUGCAGCACCGUGUUGAUGUGAGCAGCGUGCGGGAGCGUGUGGGCCGCAUGCAGCAGGCCACGCCCUGUAUCUGGUGGAAGGCCAUCAGCUACCACUAUGUCCGCCGCACCCGCCAGGUCACGCGAUACCGCAAUGGAGACGCCUACACCACCACCCAGGUCUACCAUGAGCGCGUCAACACGCACGUGGCGGAGGCCGAGUUCGACUACGCGCGCUGCGGCGUCCGCGACGUGUCCAAGGCGCUGGUGGGGCUGGAGGGUGCGCCGGCCACGCGCCUGCGUUUCACCAAGUGCUUCAGCUUCGCCAGCGUGGAGGCCGAGAACGCCUACCUGUGCCAGCGCGCGCGCUUCUUCGCCGAGAACGAGGGCCUGGACGACUACAUGGAGGCGCGCGAGGGCAUGCACCUCAAGAACGUGGACUUCCGCGAGUUCAUGGUGGCCUUCCCGGACCCGGCCCGGCCGCCGUGGUACGCCUGCUCCUCGGCCUUCUGGGCCGCGGCGCUGCUGACGCUGUCGUGGCCGCUGCGCGUGCUGGCCGAGUACCGCACGGCCUACGCGCACUACCACGUGGAGAAGCUCUUCGGCCUGGAGGGGCCGGGCUCGGCGAGCAGCGCGGGCGGCGGCCUGAGCCCCAGCGACGAGCUGCUGCCUCCGCUGACGCACCGCCUGCCGCGGGUCAACACGGUGGACAGCACGGAGCUCGAGUGGCACAUCCGCUCCAACCAGCAGCUGGUGCCCAGCUACUCGGAGGCGGUGCUCAUGGACCUGGCGGGGCUGGGGGCGCGCUGCGCGGGGGCGGCGGGCGGCGGGUACGCACCCGCGUGCCGCUAUGGCGGGGUGGGCGGCCCGGGCGCGGCGGCCGUGGCCCCGUACCGGCGCAGCUGCGAGCACUGCCAGCGCGCCGUCAGCAGCUCGUCCAUCUUCUCGCGCAGCGCGCUCAGCAUCUGCGCCAGCCCGCGGGCCGGCCCCGGGCCCGGUGGCGGCCCGGGCUGCGGGGGCAGCCGCUUCUCGCUCGGCCGCCUCUACGGCUCCCGACGCAGCUGCCUAUGGCGCAGCCGGAGCGGCAGUGUCAACGAGGCCAGCUGUCCCACCGAGCAGACGCGCCUGUCGAGCCAGGCCAGCAUGGGGGACGACGAGGACGACGACGAGGAGGAGGCCGGGCCGCCGCCACCCUACCACGACGCCCUCUACUUCCCGGUCCUCAUCGUGCACCGGCAGGAGGGGUGUCUGGGCCACAGCCACCGGCCGCUGCACCGCCACGGCUCCUGCGUAGAGACCUCACUGUGACCUCCGCCCCUCCUCCCCCCGCCAGGCCCUCGGUCCUCCCUCCUGUCCCCCGUCGGACUGUGUCCCUGGCUGGUAGCAGGGGGGAGUCGUGAUGGUGACUGAAGCUGUGCUGGGCGCGGCGCGGGGAGCCAGGAGGCGAGGGUGCGCGGGACGGACCCCGAUGGGGUCCGGACCUUCCGCCUUUCCUGUACAUAAAGAGACCGAUGGUGGGAGGGGAUCGGCGGCUCUGGAGAACCCCCAGCCCGGGCACGGUCGGCUCCUUCCAGCCUGCCGCUCGGUUCUUAGGGGGACACCUCGCCUUUUCCCAAGCACACUCGCACACUUGCGAUUUCCCGUCCAGCCUUUCAAUGGAUCUUCUGACUGUUAGUGGCGACUGUGCUGUGUGGCACCGCCUGGGGCCCGCCUCAAGGGCGAGGCUUUGGCUGUGCAGCUGGGGAGGUUUAGAGGCAUGGGGAAGGGAAACUGGGGCUUUCCUUCCUUCGCAGCCUAGCCCCACCAGGGCCUUUCCCUGCGGAGGGAGCGGUGGUGAACAGCAGGGCUGGCUUCCAACCAGCUAAUGAAUUCAGCGGGUCUGAGACCGGGGCCAGAUGUCAGCCCCGGUGCUCCAUCUCAAAACCGUGCAAAUGUUGCUAUCCUCUUCUUGGCGCUGGCCCCAAACAUCGGGGUUUCCUUUCUGCCACUCCCUCCACUGCUGUUUAUUUAGCUGGGUCCCUGGAGUGUGGGUCCUGGAGGGACUGCGCUCACACUGCUUGCGUCACCCUCCUCCCUUGCCUCUUGCUCUCUGGCCCUGAAGAACAGUUGCCCAGGGAGGAGGGAGGCAAAAUGUGGACAGUAUGCACCUCAGUCCUGUCUCUAAAUUCUGCAGCGUCCUGGCAGCAGCCUCCUGACCUGGGGUCUGGGAGGACUCUCCCUUCAGAGGGGUGGGAUACUGCCACACACCAUCAUUAAAGCUGGUCAAGAUGAAUGCCUGGGUGGGAAGAGUGGGAGACAGACCCCGGUGGCAAAGGGGGAACUCUCGCAGCAGGUGGGAGUGGGCAGUGGAGGGAGAUGGAAAGGACCGCCAACAGUAGGGGUUUCUGGGGUGAAACCUUUCCUUGCCUUCCCCAGACUUGUGGGGGAUGGUGGUGUGAAUAGCGGUUUGUGCCCCCACACAUUACCUCUUCAGGGCUGAGGUUGUCUUCAUGAGUCCUGGCUGGAGAAAUACUCAAUUCUAGGGGCAGGGUCAGAGGCAGAAAUUCUCUAAAUCUUGCCCAACCCCUCUGUCAUCUAUCCCAUGUGCUGAAGCCCUGCAGCGUGUCCCAGGGUCUUCCAAAGGACACCCUGCUACCACCGAAGAUUGCGGGUCCCACCUGCUGUUCUCCUAAAGCUCUGAGGCAGCCUUUUCUCCCCCAGCACUCCCACCCUGAUGUGCUUCAGUGUGCAUGUCUAUGUGCCCCCUGCCCUCCCAACCCCCCUGCCUAAUGCAUUCCCAGUGGACUCAGUGCCCAGGGACUGAGCUCACAUUUCAAGUUGGAGAGAAUAACCCUGGGGCCCGCCAUCAUCGCUCACGCCUGAUGCUCCUCCACUUCACCGGAGCCGCCAGAGCUCCUUCUUCCCCUUCUUGAGCCUCCUCUCCCAUCUUCCUCCAGCCUAGCCAGGACUACACCUGCCAAGGGCAUGACUGCCACCUAUGCAACAUCUCUGGCUCCCCGUCCCCUUUUCCCCAGGGGAUUUGGGAGGUUUGGAUUGUGGGGACACCAUGGCCCAUGGCCCAUCGGGAUUGAGCUUUACUUUCCUGUGGAGAUGGCUAAGUGGGAAGGCAGAGGUGGCCGGAGAACAGGAGGCUUGGGCAGGAGGGAACAGCUGCCCACUGAGUUUCCCUGGGUCUGGGCACCCGUGGCCACCUGAGUGCCGUCACUGAACCUGCCUGAACCCUGAGUCUGUGCUCCUUGGAGCCCUGGCGGUUGGAGCACCCCUCUUUCCUCUGAAGGGACAUCUGUGAGGUCCAGGUGGUGAGCUGUGGCCGCAGGUCCCAGUUCUUGGCCAGCUGGCCCCGGAUGUCAUGCCCUUUUGUGGAGGCAGCCUGGCCACUUCCCGGCUCCAAAGAGGGAGGGACUCAGCUCCUUCUCCCUCAGGCCCAUUGCUGAGAUGGAGCCUGAGCUAGGAGGAGGGGAUGGGGGGAACCCUGUUAUUAUUUUUGCCUGUAUUGACCAUUUCUGCCUAGGUCUUCUUACACAGACAGCCUCACCUUCCACACACGCACAGACUUAGAGAGAAACUGAUUCUUUGGUCUAUUUUCUUGGUAGCUUUAUUGAUUGCCAGGGAAAACGAAAACCAGAAAAUUAAUUAAUCUCUAAAAUUAAACUUUACACUGAAUGUUCUUGUUUCUCUAAUUAGAACUUCUGCUAGCAGCUGUGGCUAUGUACACACACACACACACACACACACACAGUCGCUGACACACACCCUCACAUCUACACGUUUGCACUCCAGAACUGUCGGAGGGUUAUCAGGCACAGACAGACUCUAGGUUGCCCAGACAGGCACACAAGUGCAGUCGCUCCCAAGCCCCCUUUGGUGCUCUGCAUAGCGCCUGCUUGUUGGAAGGAGUCCUGAGGAGCAGGCACCCCUGGGCUGUGGCUGCAGCCCGUGACCCAUCCUGUGGAAAAACCACAGGUCUGGAGGCUCUGGACCUCUCAGCGGGAGGAGGAGGGGAGAUGGGGCUCAGCCUGAAUCUGUCAGGUCCUCCUGUGGCCCUGGGGGCUGAUGUGACUUCUGUGGCAGCCACAGAACCAUGGGGACUCUUGGAGGGCCACUAGAAGGCUCCAUAUGUGCUGAGGACAAGGGCUUGUGGGGUGGGCUGGGCCUGGCUGGGGAGAAGACAGGUCUCUGUCAUUUGGGUGCAUCACACUGUGGCCUUUCUGUCGUGGAUUUCCAAGCGCAAAGAUUGUACAAAUCAAACUGGUGGAUAAUAAAGUUGUAGAUGACUCACUGA